UCUACAUUGGUUUUGGAUUCAGCAAGCAGGUAUAUCUGACAAUGACCACCUGGGCUCAGGCCAUCCAUCAUCCCUGGUUUGAUCCAUCACCUCUGAAGCGUAAACUGUCUAAUGCGGAUGACGAGCGCCGUGCAUCACCCUAUCAGCGCUCAUCGCCGAGCCCCACAAGCCGCGCCAAACGAUGCAAGUUCAACACACUGGAGCAUGGGUUUGCCCACCUGACGCUCGCGCCAGCGCCGGUCUACCCCAACUCAACGAACGGGCUGGUGAUUACGCCCAUUAAUCCCACUGCUUCAUCUUUCCAAUCUACAACAUUUGCACCUUCUAGUGUUGUCCUCCCCAGUUCUAUCGAAGAACCGCCGCACGAAAUCGAAGCUGUGGCGCCCGAGGUGAACAUGGAGACUUUGGACGAGGGUGAUUGUAAGCGUAUUUUAGAGUUUUUGGCAGAUAUCAGAGUCCUGAUUGUUCGUGCAGACAUUGGCAAGACCAAGGCGGCUCCUCACUAUUCAAUAUCGGCGCCUUUGCUUCGGCGCAUACGAAAACACCAGACAACAACGCAGCCUAUCAUUCCCAUCUCGUCGCCCAGUACGGGAGGGGGCGCUUUGGUGUUGUAUCGGCCGUUGCGGCCACUUUCCCCUACUCGACAGGUCGAUGAACAAGCCGAAUCCGUAGAGGAAAAUACAACGGCUGGUGCUGCGAGUUUUGAGCGUGAUGAUGAUGCGAUGGAGAUAGAGUAGAACGACACGCCCACACAUUUGUUUGCUUUGAUACUUAUUAAUAUCCUAAAACGACACAUGAACUGUACGAAAAACAAGAACUGCUCAUCUAUGUAACAAACAAAGCAAACGAACAAAGAACUAGAGAGAAAGGUGAAAGCUUCUGAAUCAACGGGCGUCGAGAUUGCGGGUACCAUAAGAUAACAUAGCGGUCCCAGAGGGACCCUCUUCAGUAGGAUAUAGACCUUCUGAGUAGUUAAGAUGAGAGUGGUGGUGCC